UUUGUCCUGUAAACCAACGACUUGUUGCUGAGAUACAUCAGCUGUGUAACACAGUAUCAUGUCAUUUCAGUCGGACAGGCUACUCUGCAUUGAUACACUUCACUGGUUUAACAAUCCAGCCCCUAAUUUCAUUUCGACCUCGAACCGUUUUGCUGCUCCUUUGGAGUGCUGCAGAGGCGAUGGCGAAAGAUGCAGCAAGAGUGGCUCGGAUUGUCAAUGAGACAGUGGAGGAAGGCAGAAACUCUUUAGAUCUGUCAAACUGCAAACUAACCACUUUUCCAGUUGCACUCUUCAAAGUCAUGAAGGAUGUUGUGGCAAACAUUCACGUCGUUUCACUGGAAAACAAUGAACUGAAAUUUAUCUCUGGUGAAUUUAUGACCAACUUUAACCAGCUCCGCGAGUUAAACCUUGCAGGAAAUUACCUCAACCACCUUCCUGAUGAAGUUAAAUCUUUGACACACUUGACAAGUAUUAACCUGGCAAGGAACAAAUUCUCAGUUUUUCCACACCAACUAACUGAACUGACAACACUGGAAAUGAUUAACCUGGAGGAGAAUCAGAUUGCUGAGAUACCAGUUGACAGUCUUGCCUCAAUGCCCUCCCUCAAGUCGCUGAAUAUGAAAUCCAACCCUUUGAGCAGUGAUAGCCAGAGGACUCAGCAGAGUGUGUUGACGUUUGAAUUACUCACAAGAGAUGAAUAAAUAGUUGUGGAAUAGAGAAUGAAGUGAACAAUACCACUGGCUCAAGGAUUUGGUCCCUGGAAAAUGGGAUAGUGACUGGCAAAAUAUGGCAUUUUACCAGAAAAUAUAGCUGUGCCAAUCCGGAAAUCUAACUGCCUUCAAUGAUUGAUUGAUUUGUUUGAACCAUCCAAUAUAAAUUGAGUGGUGGUUGCACUUAAGUCUUCUGGAGCCUUUAUUUAUUUAUUUGUGACAGCUUUGGUUUUUCAGAUAAAGCAAUUAAAAUUCUGCAUUCGCAGUUCUUUCAGUUUUUAUUUAAAAUUUCUGUUCUAUUCUGAUUUACAAGAAUUUGAUCAGAAAUUAUUUGACCUUUUGAACUAACUAUAGUGAAAAGAAUCUACAGACAAAAAUAGAAAUUGCUGGAAAACCUCAGCAGGUCUGGCAGCAUCUGUGGAGAGAAAUCAGAGUUAAAGUUU